UGACUCAUUUCCUUUCUUAUAAAUAUUGUUAAUUGGUGUCUAACAGUAAAGGGGCAAAGAGGAAACCUGCUACAAAGAAUCCCCCAAUAGCAAACAAUCCAAUUUCCAAGUUUUUUCUCUCAACUCUUCCAUCUCUCGCAUCUUUCCCUUCAUUUUCCUCCCUUCCAAACAAGCUCCAUAUUUUUCUUAGGGUUUUUAUAAUUAUCUCCUUCUUCCUCACUCUUUUUUCCGCAUGGAUUCCGAGGACGAUAUGAUGGACGCCAACUAUGUUGACUCUGUAGACGAUGAUUUCUACAGCGGUGACAUGGAUGAUGAUUACUAUAGUGAUGGCGGUGAGGACGGUUAUGAUGAUGGUCCUGACUACGAUUUUAUGGCUGAGGCUGCCGAUGAUCUCGAUGAUAUGGUGUUGAGCCGGAUGCAGCAAAGUUAUACUGUCUUGAGGGAAGGAGAUAUACAACAACGUUUGGAAGAUGAUAUUGCUAGUGUGUCCACUGUCCUUUCCAUAUCAAGAUUUGAUGCAAUCAUCUUACUCCGUCACUAUAACUGGAGUGUCAGUAAGGUGCAUGAUGAAUGGUUUGCUGAUGAAGAGGCAGCCCGGAAAUCUGUUGGCUUACUGGACAAGCCAGUUGUCCAAUUUUCCAAUAUUAGAGAACAGUUUACUUGCGGAAUAUGUUUUGAAUCCUUUCCUUGUGAGAAGAUUACUUCAGCUGCUUGUGGCCAUCCCUUUUGCUUGUCAUGCUGGUCAGGUUACAUCAGUACAACAAUUAAUGAUGGUCCAGGAUGUUUGAUGCUGAGAUGCCCUGAUCCAUCUUGUUGGGCUGCUGUUGGUCAAGACAUGAUAGAUUUGUUGGCAUCUGAUGUAGAUAAGGAUAAAUACUCUCGUUAUCUUCUUAGGUCCUAUGUUGAAGACAACAGAAAGACCAAGUGGUGUCCUGCUCCAGGGUGUGAGUAUGCUGUUGAUUUUGCUGCUGGUGGUGGAAGCUUUGAUGUUUCCUGCCUCUGUUCAUAUAGCUUUUGCUGGAAUUGCACAGAGGAAGCUCACCGUCCUGUGGACUGUGGAACUGUGUCGAAGUGGAUUUUGAAGAACAGUGCUGAGUCAGAAAACAUGAAUUGGAUACUUGCCAACUCCAAGCCUUGUCCAAAGUGCAAGCGUCCCAUUGAAAAAAACCAAGGGUGUAUGCAUAUGACGUGCACACCACCCUGUAAAUUUGAGUUUUGCUGGCUAUGUCUUGGUGCAUGGUCAGAUCAUGGGGAGAGGACUGGUGGUUUCUAUGCUUGUAACCGAUAUGAGGCAGCUAAACAAGAGGGAGCAUAUGAUGAAGCAGAGAGGAGGCGAGAAAUGGCAAAAAAUUCUUUGGAAAGAUAUACUCAUUAUUAUGAACGUUGGGCAAGCAAUCAAUCGUCGAGGCAAAAAGCUCUCGCAGAUUUACAUCAAAUGCAAACUGUGCAUCUUGAGAAACUCAGUGACAUACAUUGCACACCUGAAUCUCAGCUCAAGUUCAUUACCGAUGCAUGGCUUCAGACAGUUGAAUGCAGGCGAGUUUUGAAAUGGACCUAUGCAUAUGGGUAUUACCUACCUGAGCAUGAGCAUGCUAAGAGACAGUUUUUUGAGUACUUGCAAGGGAGAAAAAGGAUGGGAGACAGAAUUACUUUUGGACCAUCUUUUUUUUUUAAUCAUCAGGUGAGGCUGAGUCUGGAUUGGAAAGACUUCAUCAAUGUGCAGAGAAGGAGCUGGAACAGUUCCUUAAUGCAGAAGGUCCCUCGAAGGAAUUUGAUGAGUUCCGGACAAAGCUAGCUGGGCUCACCAGUGUUACCAAAAAUUACUUUGAGAAUCUGGUUAGAGCAUUGGAGAAUGGUCUAGCAGAUGUGGACGCUCAUGGUGCUUGUAGCAAAACAACUAGCUCAAAAAAUGUGGUUAAUGUUGGCAAGGGAAGAGGUGGAAGGGGGAAAGGAAACACUAAAACCGGUGAUUCCAUCAGAAUUAUAGAUGAUUAGUACAACUAUUCCAGGUCCAAGUCAGCCACCAAUGUUCAGGUAUGCUGCCACAACUGUUAAAACUUUUAAAUUCCUUGGUUGGUGGGGUCUGCUUGGUAUACCUACUUCUGUGAGCAAGUUAACAUCAAAUGGGGUUAUUUGUUACUGUCUGGUGGCACAUCUUUUUGGGAGCUGCUCAAUGUGUGAAUGGUAAUUAGAUGUCGAAAGAGGGAGGGGGCAAAAAAAGAUGUCAGUCUAUAUAAACCCUUGUGUUUUGAGGGAACAAUAUAUUAUGGUGUAAUGUAUGUAGUUUCUAUCUAUUAAGGUAUUGGUGUUCUGCAAUUUGCUGUUGUUACUAAUAAUAAUACAAACUCUAUCUGCAAAAGCAAAUAUACUUGUUUGCAAGAAGAAAACUAUAUAUUCAA